UACACCGUACAGAGGCAAAAACCUCUCAACUCGACUUCCCUCCUUUUAUUUUAGAACAGCGAGUGCUUCUUGACUCAAAAUUCUAACCAAAAACUCAUCAAACCCUAACAUUUCAUGGCGACCGUCGGCGAAAGCUCUUCGACUCCACCCAAAUUCAUCGACGAGAAGCCGGUUGUUGUUAGGGUUAAGCGUAAGGCUAACCAGUCACGACUCGACGCUUUCUGGUUGGAAAUCAAUGAGAGGCCAUCGAAGCGACCGCUGUUGGAUUUCGAGAAGCUGUCAAUUGGCGGUGAAUCAUCAUCAAGUCCUACAAAAGUCGAGGAGUUGAGGACCAAGAAGGUUUUUGUACAGCACAUUGAGACAGUUAACCACUCCAAGGCCACUAUUGAUGUAUUGCAAUCAUUCGUGCCCAGUUCAGGUGAUGUAGUAGAAGGUAUAGCGAAAAAUCGAGAACAAAAACAGACCUUUAGAAAUGACAGUAAACAAGAGCAGCUUUUGUCAAAGGCUAGAAAAAAUCAAGAGAUAUUGGCUCAAAAUGCUCGUUUUCAACAAAUAUGGCGGAGCCGCAGGAGAAACAAAGAGGAAUCACAUGAUAAAAAAUUACAUGACAUGUGCCACUUCUAUGAUGUUGUUCGCAUUGAUGCGGAGAUGGAAGAAGAGGAAGUUAUGUCUUUGGAAGAUCAGAGGAUUCUUGCUAGCUAUCUGCCUUUACUUAGAGAGUUUAUUCCCAGUGCUGCAGCACAGGUUGAAUCUGAUGUACAUGAUUACAUGUCCAAGCAAGAUGAUUAUGUGUAUGACUAUUAUACUGUGAGGGAUGACAUGGAUAUAGAUGAUAAAGAUUCUUUGAGCCCAUUUCCACUGGUACGGGUGGAGGAUGAAGAAUUCUAUGAUGGGCCAGAUGAUGAAUCUGACUAUGAUAGCGAUGAUUCAAAUGCUGAGGAUCAUCCACGAAAUGAUUAUCCUGAUGAAACAUCUCUAGAGGAAGAUGAAGAUGAAGAGAAGAGUGAAGCAUCUACUGCAGAAUCAGAAGAACAUGGUGAUUCUACCACUGGAUCUUCAGAAUUUGAGGAAUUGAGGCGUCGCUUGUCCAAAGAUGCGGUUAUAUUUGAGGAUGGGAAUUAUGAUGAUGACGAUGCUUUUGACUAUGAGGGCGAUGAUGUUAAAUCCAACUACGAUGAUGAAGAUUGGAGAUGAUAUUUGUAGUAAAUAUUGAUUUACAGGUGUGGAUCUUUAAUUGAUAGAGUUUGGUGGUGCGGCUUGUUCUUCUAUUGAUGCAUAAUGGUGAAACCUCAUUUGUGUUCGUCAUAUGUUGCAAAUUCUUGGAAAAACAACCUAGGUAUAGAAGAUCCAGAGAAGUUAUUAUUUUGGCGUUCAAAUCAAUUAAUAGACUAGUUGUUGCUAUGAAGAUUUAUAUAUUUUGUUAAAUCAAUUCAAAACGGAAAGAUAUAAUAUUGUACUUUUUUA